AUGUUGACAGCUCUCGUCGUUCUCCGCCAACACUCCCUCCCCCUCUUCCCAACAAACCUCGACCCCUUAACCCUAACUUUCUACUUGGCAAUCCUUCUCCUCACCACAACCUUCGAAGCCUGCGUGGCCUUCCUCAUUAUAAUCUGCAUCAUCGCCUUCAUCAACUACACGUACAAAAUCAUCAACGGCCGAGACAUCUUCGUCACGAUGGAGACAUCGCUCGAGGGGCGCGGCCGGACACGUGCGCUGGCAGCCGUUGUGGGGAUAGCCAAGUUCUUCUCGUUCUCGUCAGACGAAGAGAAGGCGUACCUGCAGCAGAAGCGGUUCCUAGUGGCGGAGACGGAGCGGCUGCGGCGGCGGGAGGAGGAGGUGACCGGGGCAUUGGCGGGGUCUGUGGCGGGGUGGGAGCGGGAGGAUUUGGAGGGGGAGCGGAGGGAGAUUCCUGGGAAGCGGAGGGAGCUGGACGCAAAGAUGCGGGAAUUGGACUUCUCGAUGCCGGAGGGGCCGUGGAUGCGGGAGUAUGAGCGGGAGGGGCGUGAAGAGGAGGCUGUCAAGACGAAGUUGUAG